UUUAGCUCUUUCUUUGCCUGUUCCGCCAAGACAACACGCUUUGCGAAGAGAUCGCUCGCGUAUGCCCAUUUCUUCGAGUUCCGCCAUUGCUUCAAUCAUGAUCUCUUCUUCCUUCUUCAAUCUCGCAAUCCAUUCUCUCCCUUGGAUCUAAACCAAUCAUUUUCUUUCGAUUUCUUGUUUGUUACCAAAUCAAAGCCCUAAAUUUCGCUUGAUUUGUUGUUGAUCUGAUCUGAUCUGAGCUGAAAAAUCGUAUACAGUGUUAAUGGCUUCAGCGAAGUCGUCUCGGUCAAGGGUACUGAAUAACACUCCAGCGAAGAGCAACAACCCUAAGGACUCGGGCAAUAAGCUCGAGGAAAAUCUCAGCGUCUUCAAGUCCGAUAAUUUCGAUGCCGAUGGCUUUGUACAGUCCAAGUGUAAUUCCUUGAACGAGAAGGAAAUAAGGCAAUUAUGCUCGUAUCUUCUGGAUUUGAAGAAAGUUUCAGCUGAGGAAAUGCGUAAAAGUGUCUAUGCUAACUACACAGCCUUCAUACGCACAUCAAAAGAGAUCUCAGAUUUAGAGGGGGAGCUUUCAUCAAUCAAAAACCUGCUAUCUACGCAGGCAACUUUAAUUCAUGGUCUAGCUGAGGGAGUUCACAUUGAUUCAUUAGCUAUCACUGUUCCUGAUGGUUCUACUGCAAAUGGAUUAUCUAACUAUGAGGACAAGGAACCUUCAGACCUUGAGAAACAGUUAAAAGAGUUCCCUGAUGUACUUGAUGUUUUGUUAGCCGAGAGGAGGGUGGAUGAAGCUUUGGAAACCCUUGAUGAAGGAGAACGCGUAGUUUCUGAAGCAAAAGAAAAGAAAACAUUAAGUCCAGCUGUACUUUUGUCACUGCAGACUGCUAUUACUGAACGUAGGCAAAAAUUAGCUGAUCAGCUUGCUGAAGCGGCUUGCCAACCUUCUACACGUGGCAGUGAGCUUCGUGCAGCUAUUUCAGCUCUUAAAAAGCUGGGAGAUGGCCCUCGUGCUCAUAGUUUGCUGCUCAAUGCACAUUACCAAAGAUAUCAGUAUAACAUGCAAAGCCUUCAUCCAUCAAGCACCUCAUAUGGAGGAGCAUAUACUGCUGCCCUCUCACAGCUAGUGUUCUCUGCUAUUGCUCAAGCUGCCAGUGAUUCUUUGGCUAUCUUUGGUAAGGAGACAGCUUACACUUCUGAGCUUGUGAUGUGGGCUACAAAGCAAACAGACGCUUAUGCACUCCUGGUUAAAAGACAUGCAUUAGCUUCAUCUGCUGCUGCUGGAGGUUUAAGGGCUGCAGCAGAGUGUGUGCAAAUAGCUUUAGGUCAUUGUUCCUUGUUGGAAGCUCGUGGCUUGGCUCUUUGUCCUGUGCUGUUGAGACUCUUUAGACCUAGCGUUGAACAAGCACUAGAAGCUAAUUUAAAACGUAUUGAAGAUAGUACUGCUGCCCUGGCCGCUGCUGAUGAUUGGGAACUUACAUACCCUCCAACUGCUAUGCGGCAAUCUAGCAGAUCUUCUAGUGCAUCGCUUGGUGCUACAACAGCAUAUCAGCAUAAACUUUCUAGUAGUGCUCAUCGGUUCAAUCUAAUGGUUCAGGAUUUCUUUGAGGAUGUGGGACCAUUGCUAAGUAUGCAAUUGGGAGGUAAAACAUUGGAAGGUUUGUUCCAGGUAUUUAAUUCAUAUGUUAACAUGCUCAUAAAAGCAUUACCUGGCUCCAUGGAAGAAGAAGAAAACUAUGAAGGUUCUGGAAACAAAAUUGUUCGAAUGGCUGAAACAGAAGCCCAACAAAUUGCAUUGUUUGCAAAUGCAUCCUUAUUAGCAGAUGAACUUCUGCCACGUGCAGCCAUGAAGCUCGCCCCAUUGAAUCAGGCAAAUCACAAAGAUGAUCCUCGUAGAAGACCUGCAGAUAGGCAAAACCGUCAUCCUGAGCAAAGAGAAUGGAAGAGGCGUCUUGUGAGCUCGGUUGAUAGACUGAAGGAUAGCUUUUGUAGACAACAUGCUCUAGAUCUUAUUUUCACUGAGGAUGGUGAUAGUCAUCUUACUGCAGACAUUUACAUAAACAUGGAUAACACUUUGGAUGAAAUAGAAUGGUUUCCUUCCCCAAUAUUCCAGGAACUUUAUGCAAAACUUCACAGGAUGGCUAGUGUAGCAGCAGACAUGUUUGUUGGGAGGGAAAGAUUCGCUACAAUGCUAUUGAUGAGACUUACAGAAACAGUCAUCUUGUGGCUUUCAGAAGACCAAAGUUUUUGGGAUGAUAUUGAGGAGGGAUCGAGGCCAUUAGGUCCUCUUGGUCUUCAACAGUUCUAUUUGGAUAUGAAGUUUGUUAUCUGCUUUGCUUCUCAAGGACGUUACUUAUCUCGGAAUUUGCACCGAACUGUCAAUGAGAUCAUAUCUAAAGCAAUGGCAGCUUUUGCUGCAACAGGGAUGGAUCCAAAUAGUGUACUUCCGGAAGAUGACUGGUUUACUGAUGUUUCCCAAGAUGCAAUAGAGAGAUUGAGCGGAAAACCUAAAGUUGCCAAUGGGGAUCGGGAUCUUAAUAGCCCAACUGCUUCCGUCUCAGCACAAUCUAUUUCAUCUGUCAGAUCUCAUGGGAGUUCUUAAUGCGCAUUCGCUUCCCAUUUUGUAUAUUAGACAACAAUCAAAAUCCUUCAUGAAUUUGCAACUAUUCCUUGUAUUCAUAACUAGCUCUUUUUUUUUUUUUUUUUUUUGGGG